UCACUACACACAUAGAAAGAGACAAACGCUAAACAAAACAUAGUACCAAGCCUCUUGUCUUGUGUCUUCUAUCUCCACCAUGGAAGCCAAGAAGUCAAACAAGAUCAGAGAGAUCGUGAAGCUUCAACAGCUCCUCAAGAAAUGGCGAAAACAAGCAAUUGCAUCAAAAGCAGCCAACAACAACAACGAAGACAACAACAGCAAUGGCGGGGGAAGCAAGAGCAUCAAGUUUCUGAAGAGGACACUGUCAUUUACAGAUGCAACAGCUGUGCCUAAAGGGUAUCUAGCUGUCUCGGUUGGGUUAGAGAAGAAGAGGUACACAAUACCAACAGAGUACCUCAGCCAUCAAGCUUUCUAUGUUCUUCUGCGUGAGGCAGAAGAAGAGUUCGGGUUUCAACAAGCCGGUGUCUUGAGGAUUCCGUGUGAAGUUUCUGUUUUCGAGAGCAUUUUGAAGAUAAUGGAGGAGAAGAACGAAGGGUACUUGGUGACGACAACCACAGCUAAGCAGGAGUGUAAGUUCAAUGCAGCAGCGGAUGAUAAGACGAGUUACCGGCAUCCAUCGGACUGCCCUAAGACUCCUACACACCAACCUCACAACAGCCCAAUGUGCAGAUAGUUUUGUUCAUUGCUUGCUUCUGUAUCUUCUUCUUCCUCCUCUUGAAUUGACUUGAGCCAUUCUGCUUAUUCCCACUUUUUCUCUAGGAAUAUGGAUUUUUGUGCUUCAAAGUUUCUGAGUAAGAGGAGAGAUUUCUGAAUAAUAGAAUGUACAAACG